AUGCUGCUCCUCGGCCUCACUGGAAGCAUAGCGACGGGGAAGUCAACAGUAUCGGGCAUAUUGUCGUCACCGCCGUACAACUUACCCAUAGUUGAUGCCGACAAGAUUGCGCGGCAAGUGGUGGAGCCAGGUACCUCGGGUUACAAGAAGAUUGUAAACACAUUCGGGGCUUCGACACCAAAUCUUUUGGUGCCAGCUACACCUGAGAAUGGCGGCGAGCAUGGUCGCAAUGGCAAAGGCCGGGGGCUGAACCGACCGGCACUGGGCAGGAGGGUGUUCGGAGAGGGGAAAGAUGAGGAUCGCAAAGCGUUGAACAAGAUCGUGCAUCCAGCUGUCAGGACAGAGAUGUAUCGGCAAAUGCUGUUUGCAUAUCUCAGAGGCUACUGGGCAGUUGUUCUCGAUGUACCGCUGCUGUUUGAGUCGGGCUGGGAACCACUCUGUGGCACGAUCUUGGUGGUUGCGGUACGAGAUGCGAAGAUCCAGAUGGAGCGCUUACGGGCAAGAGAUGAGCACCUGACGGAGGAGGACGCGAAGAACAGAGUCGCAGCUCAGUGGGAUGUCAGAGACAAGGCGGAGAGGUGUCUGAGGAGAGGAGACAAAGCGGGCGUUGUGGUGUGGAAUGAUGGCGACAAGAACGAUCUGAAGAAGCAGAUCGAUCAGGUUAUGUCACAGGUGAAGACUGGCAGCCCGCAGUGGUGGGCAUGGUUACUACUCCUGUGCCCGCCAUUAGCUGCGAUGAGUGGAGGAUGGUCAUACGUGAGGAGCUGGUGGAUCAAGAGGCAGUGGGAGCAAGAAAAGCAGCGCGAGAAGGCGAAACUAUGA